AGCACAGCCCUCUACAGCGUCGAUCGAUCGUGCAAAGCGGGGAGAGAGAUUUCGUGGGUUGGGUGGGACGUGAGCUCCGGCGGCGCUUCUGACAGUUCAAGUUCCCCCGGCAAAGCCCAAGGUGGGGACGUGCGAGUGCAUGCGAAUUUCGGUAGUCAACUGUGUUCUAGGCGCGCUCUGGAUUUUCCUUCUCAGAGGGAGCGAGACAUAUAUCUGAGCAAUUCCUCUUCCACUCUCCACAAGGUUACACUCGACGAUCUCUGAAACACUGGCUUACAACUCGCACCAGUUUUUCCUGGAAUCCUCUUCCCGUAGCUGGACUUCGAUUGAAGUUGCUCGGAAGGAUGGCCAGGAUGUGCACCUCGAAAGAAUGGGCCAUUAUACUAUGCACGUUAUCUAUGUGCGUCGUUGGCUCCCUGGCUGGUGUUCCGGGAGUUCCAAGUGGAUGGAAAGCGGCCCAUGCUACAUUCUACGGAGGAUCUAAUGCCCAAGGGACUAUGGGUGGAGCUUGUGGAUACGGAAACCUUUACAACACCGGGUAUGGGUUGGAAACUGCUGCUCUCAGUUCAACAUUAUUCAACAACGGCAAGACCUGCGGAGCUUGCUACGAAAUGUUCUGCAAUUAUCGUCAGCAAUCUCGAUGGUGUUAUAAAGCACAACCCCACAUCAAAGUCACUGCCACCAACUUGUGUCCAGCUAACUGGAACCGACCCACGAACAGAGGAGGAUGGUGCAACCCUCCGAGGGUCCACUUCGAUUUACCUCAGCCUAUGUUCAUCAAGAUGGCUAGAUAUGUCGGAGGAAUCGUCCCGGUUGCAUACAGAAGAGUUCCCUGCGUAAAGAAGGGUGGAGUCAAGUUCACAAUGAACGGUAAUCCAUGGUUCAACCUGAUUCUCAUCAGCAAUGUUGCGGGGCCCGGAGACAUCAAGGCAGUCGCGGUGAAGGGCUCGAAGCAAAAGUCCUGGACAUCAGCCAGACAGAACUGGGGUCAGAAGUGGGAAGUGAAGCAAAAGCUUCAAGGUCAAGCGCUUUCCUUCCGACUCACUUCAGGAAGCGGCAAAGUACUGGUCCUCUACAACGCUGUACCGAGAACCUGGAGAUUUGGCAGCACUUACAUGGCCAGAUCUAACUGGAAGGGCUUGUAGAUCUGGUCCAAACAUUUUAUUUGUUUUAAUUUACGUUCACACAUGCAGGAACAUCAGCUAGAUCUGAGGGAUAUCUAUCGUAGAAUCUAGCUAGCCCGUAAACCCAGCUUCUCGGAAAGCUUCAUUAAGCUUCGUUCUGAUCUGAGGAUUUAGCGCUCGUUGUCUAAUCUUUUAUGUCUGACGGCCAAGGCCCUUGUAGAUAGACAGCCGGCGUUGAAAGGGGGUUCAUCGUUUGAUUGAAUGAUUGAUUGAGGGAGAGAAAGGGAGGUAGAGUGAGUGAGGAGUAAGGGAGGGAAAGGAGAGAGAGAAAGAGGAGCAUUCAUCAGCAACGAUUUGGGAGGAUCUUGGGCAAGAUUCUUACAUUCUACAAGCUGAUCUACCUGCCGACAGUACAGUACUGCCGACAUACUUGAGUGACGACAUUUAGUUGCUUCAUGCAUGUAGAAGUCGAAGUCUAUCACAACUGUCACGCUUAACCUCAGAUCUGUAAUAUGUACGUGAUAUGAAGUACUCUGAUUCAAGGCUCUAGCUGCAGUUACAGCUAACCUUAAUCAAGAGCCUCAAGCACUAUCUUUAGCCAGAAGGAAGGUGCUUAGCUUCUAGUUGUACGAUCUUCAGUAUACGAGUUGGAGUGUAAUAUUUCACUCGGUCUACAUUUAGUGCUCUACUGUCCUGGCGUCGAGGUGAGCCAGCGGAGCCGCCCACUCCAGAUGCGAGCUUCAAUAGGUCCUCUAUGGGAUGAGCGAGCGAUCUUCUACAACUGUGUCACGCCUCUACGUGUUUGAGUUGAGUACUGCUUCUGCAUCUGAUUCAUGCACCAAAAGCCUCUUUUUGGCUCAAUCGUUUCGCAGCUCCAGGAACCUGGUCUUCUAAUGAAUCUUCAGUCGGGAUAUAGAGGAUGCGGCGAGGAGAAUCGAUCUUCUUGCGAAAUUUCUAUACUCUAAUCGCGGAGGUGCAGGAGAAGAAAGGGUUGCUGAAGCGACAAAUUGUUCUUGAAGCUUCAGACGAAGGGAUGUGUACUUUUGUUCAAUGAUAUAUUUGUAUAAAUUCGAGGAUCACCACCACUUAAACACAGCAUUAUUUAGCUGGUGGAAAUAAAUUUCAGAACUUCUCAAUUGUA